UGUCAUAUGGAAAUAAGGGGGUGGGGAGGGAACCGAGGCGCUCAGGUACCGGGCUCAUGGUUAGGAAAGGGCUUGGAAGGCUGCCUGGAGGAGGUAAUUUUUCUUAAAGAUAGGCUUUGCACGUAGAGAUUGAGGGAAAACAGUCUUUGGACUCCGGAGGCAGCAGCGGUAGCAGAGGCCGUGAGACAGAGAACGAGUAGAGGUGGCAAUGAAAGGAGGGGACGACCGCGGAGGUCCAGGAGUUUUUGUCUCCGCAGCGGGAUCGCCGUCAGAGUACCAGCAUUCCAGGCCGGGCAGGCCUGAUUCGCUCAUUGUCCCUUCUUUCCCCAGUGCUCCGGCCUCUGGACCCUACCCAGGAGAACUCGGGAGUUGUGGCCUGGGGAUGCCACACGUUCAGCGGAUAGCUGUGGUCUUGAGCCAACUGUUGACCCUUGUCACUGAGGAAAGGGACUUUCCCGUCCCUCUCCAUCCCCCUGCUCCAGCACCCCGUCUGGCGCUCAGGGAACCUGGAUCUCCCCUGGAGACUGGGGGCCCGCUUUGAUCUUUGGACAGAGCUCAGGAUGGGGGGCUGUUUGGAGAACGUCCAGAAUUGCAGAGGGCUGGUCUCCCCGCAGCAAAGACCCCGGAGCUGCGGGGGAGGUGGUGGGAUAAGGCUGUCACUGCAGCUCCGCCCCCGCAGAGCGCGGAGAGGGCGGGGUCUGGUGGGCGGGGCCAGCGUGACCUUGGUCAUUCUCCCGUCGAGACAGCCUCGGGGGUGGGACUCACCGUCUCUAUGGAGACCGAGAAACAGGGGAUAAUACAGCGGAGCCGCCCGGGCUGCAGUCCCGCCCCGGAGCCGGCAGGGAGCGGAGCUGCGGAGCCGCCUAGUCUCCCGCGUCCAUCGGUCCAUUCCUGUGUCCUUCUGUCCAUCCGAACGCGCCCUGCAGGAGCAGCCACGAGGUAGAAGUCCGUUGGAGACCAGGACACCGACCACCUUAAUGAGGUGGUAUGGCAGCAAGCACAGACAUAGCUGGCCUGGAGGAGAGCUUCCGCAAGUUUGCCAUCCAUGGUGACCCCAAGGCCAGUGGGCAAGAGAUGAAUGGCAAGAACUGGGCCAAGCUGUGCAAGGACUGCAAGGUGGCUGAUGGAAAGGCCGUGACAGGGACCGAUGUCGACAUCGUCUUCUCCAAAGUCAAGGGGAAGUCUGCUCGAGUCAUCAACUAUGAGGAGUUCAAAAAGGCCCUGGAAGAGCUGGCAACCAAGCGAUUCAAGGGGAAGAGCAAGGAGGAGGCCUUUGAUGCCAUCUGCCAGCUGGUGGCAGGCAAGGAACCAGCCAACGUGGGUGUCACUAAAGCGAAAACAGGAGGUGCCGUGGAGCGGCUGACUGACACCAGCAAGUAUACCGGUUCCCACAAGGAGCGUUUCGAUGAGAGCGGCAAGGGCAAGGGCAUUGCUGGACGGCAGGACAUCCUGGAUGACAGUGGCUAUGUGAGUGCCUACAAGAAUGCAGGCACCUAUGAUGCCAAGGUGAAGAAAUGAGCCAGGGAAGGCCCCCAGCCAGGCUGCCCCUGCCAGAGGCUCAGGCCUGGGCCUGAGGGGCACAUGGAGCAAGAGAGCCCAGUCCCCUACCUGCUGGACCUGCCACCCAGAGCUUCCUGCCCAGACCCACGGGGCCAGCCCACCAGGCCUCUGACCCAGACUGCUCUGUGUCCCCUUUCCCCUCUUCUUCCCACCCCAACUUCUGUCCAUCUGGGACAGUCUGUGCCUACAGCCUCACCGCCCCUACCUGGCCCUGGGCAUGGCUAACCCGUGCCUGCUUGCCUCAUAUUUAAGCUGCUGCUCUGGCCAAGUGCCUAACUCUUACCUAGACCUCAAUAAAGACACCUUUUGUACCAAUA